AUGUCGACUAUUCAAUCUGGCGGUGGCUCUGCGACCGCUACAUCGUCUGAAAAAUAUGCCGUCGACACCAAUGGGAAUGUCUUCAAGGUGCCAGACUUUACGAUCAAGGACAUCUUGGAUGUAAUUCCCGAGAGAUGUUACGAAAGAAACCUGGCCAAAAGUUUGUACUACGUGGUGAGAGAUAUUGUGUGUAUGGUGAGCAUCGGUCUUUUCACACAUAAGCUGGCUUAUCCGUGGUUAUUCCAGGAGUCGAGUUCUUCGGCUUCUGUGCAAUUGGCCAAGUUUGUUUUCUGGCUCUCAUACACGUACGUGCAGGGCUUGUUCUCGACCGGGUUGUGGGUUCUAGCUCACGAAUGUGGCCACCAGGCGUUCUCUGAUUACGGAGCUGUCAACGACUUUGUCGGUUGGACGAUCCACUCUUAUCUGUUGGUGCCCUACUUUUCGUGGAAAUACUCGCAUUCCAAGCACCACAAGGCCACCAACCAUAUGACGAGGGACAUGGUAUUUGUGCCGCCAACUGCCGAGGAGUUCAAGGAAAGGCGCGGAUUCGUUGGUGACAUGCUUUACAACCACACGGGCGACUCGCCUUUGAGAACCUUGGGUGAACUUUUGCUGCAGCAACUGGGCGGAUGGAUCACUUACAUUAGCACGAAUGUCACCGGUCAAAAAUACGAGGGAGUCGCAGCUUGGAAACAGAACCACUUCUACCCAUUCUCUCCCUUGUACGAGAAGAAGGACUCCCUCUACAUUUUCCUGAGUGACGUCGGAAUCGUCACACAGCUUCUGGUGCUGAAAUUGUGGUUUGACAGGUUCGGAGGCUGGUCCCUGUUCAUCAACUGGUUUGUGCCUUACAUCUGGACAAACCACUGGUUGGUCUUCAUCACUUACUUGCAACACACAGACCCCACCGUGGCCCAUUACGAUGCCGACGAGUGGACCUUCGCCAAAGGCGCCGCCUCGACGGUUGACAGACAAUUUGGCUUUGUUGGUCCAUACAUCUUCCACGAUAUCAUUGAAACGCACGUCAUCCACCAUUUCUGCUCGAGGAUUCCCUUCUACAACGCCCGUGAAGCGUCCGACGCCAUCAAGAAGGUGAUGGGCGAGCACUACAAGUCCAGCGAUGAGAACAUGUGGAAGUCGCUGUGGAAGUGCGCCAAGGGCUGCCAGUACGUGGAAGGGGACAGCGGCGUGCUGAUGUUCAGAAACGUCAACAAGUUCGGCGUUGGGGCCGCCGCUGACGGUUCAAAGAAGCACAACUAG